GGACAUCUACCGACUAUUUUGUUUUGCUUUGAUCGCUGAGCCUCGAAGACGGCAAACAUGGCACUGGAGGAUAUCCACAUGAACACCCAGGACUUGAUCGAGAAGCAACAACUGGAUGCCGGAGGGUUUGGAACAAUUUCUUUAUGCUUUCACAGGAAACAUGGAUACGUAGUAUUAAAAACAGUGUACACAGGACCCCAGCGCACCGAAUACAAUGCGUCCCUCCUUGAGGAAGGCAGGAUCAUGCAUAAACUGCAGCAUGACCGAGUGGUAAAGCUACUAGGUAUAAUUUUGGAAGAUGGAAACUACUCACUGGUAAUGGAGUAUGUGAACCGGGGCAACUUGAUGAAAGCUCUGCAGAAACUCUCCAUGCCUGUGUCAGUGAAAGGGCGCUUUGUGCUGGAGAUCACAGAAGGAAUGCUUUACCUGCACGAGCAAGGCUUGGUACAUAAAGACCUAAAACCAGAAAACAUCCUUGUGGACACAGACUUCCACAUAAAGAUUGCGGAUCUCGGUGUUGCCUCCUUUAAGAACUGGAGCCGGCUGACCAAAGAGGAGACCAUCCGCCAGAAGCAAAUCAAGAGCGCUCCGCAGGGCAACGCGGGCACUCUCUUCUAUAUGGCCCCAGAGCACCUGAGGUCUAUUAACGUCAAACCUGUGGAGAAGUCGGACGUUUACAGCUUUGGCAUAGUGAUUUGGGCAAUUUUUGCUGACAAAGAGCCGUAUGAACACGGUAUAAAUGAAGCUCAGAUUUGCUUUGGCAUCAUUCAUGGGAACAGACCAGACAUUAAAGAGAUUAUUGAGAAAUGUCCGGAGGAAAUUAUUGACUUAAUGAAGCAGUGCUGGGCGCAAGAGCCAGAGAAACGGCCAACCUUUGCAGAAAUUUGUGAAGAGUACAAGCCAUUUUACUAUCAAAAUUUACAAAAAAAUGUUGAAGACGAUCUAAAAAAGUUACAAAAAAUGUGGCCUGAGCCAAAUGAACUGCUCACCAGGAUGCAAUCCCUUCAAGUAGAUGCUGUAGCAGAAGGUAGCAGUAAUGGUCAAGUAGAUCAGCCUCAUUCUCUACACAGCUCUCAGGGUCCCCUGACCAGCCAGGUGGACGAAUCCCUUUUUGCUGCCUGUCCUGAGAACGAGCCUGUGGAGAGCUGUGAGACCUCRUUUACGCCUGCUGAGAACCUGGAAAGAAAACUGCAGCAAGAAUACAACUACCAUGUCUUCGGCAGCCGGAUGGAUAAAUCAGACCCUUCGCCUUUGGUAUACACCCCUGAAAUGAGAGAGGAGGAAAGGAGACGAAGAGUUUCCUAUGAUCCAUUUGCAAAGCCAUCUUCUGCUCUGCAAAGGAGUGAACUCUAUCGAAGAGCUGAAAGCACAGGCUCAAACACUAAUCCUUAUUUUCAGGCACAGCCAGCUAUAUCACCACCAAUAUGGGGAAAUUUAGGUGUUUUUUAUGGGCCAAACCCUAACAGUUUCCUAGCAGGAAACACAGAGGAUCUGUAUGGAUCAUGUGCAGUCACCCCAUUUAGUCUGACUAAACCUCCUGUGCCUGAAACCUUCCCAAACUCGAAGUCGCACAGCUCUGCAAACUGGCAUCCAAAGAAUGCAGACGCAGAUACAGGUAACAAGGAUUCCAAUUCUUUCACGAGGGGGAAUUUUGCCUAUUAUCCUAACCCACCUCAGUUAACCAGAAUAAACACAGACGAUUCUGUCAAAUACAACAUAACUAGCUGUACUGGAAUUCAAAUCGGAUCCCACAAUCUAAUGAAGAUUGACGAGCAGAAUCAGCACAUAAGCACUUCUGCUGUCAUCCCAGAAACAUCUUAUUCGGAUUAUGAAGCAACGGGUAUAUUUGACAAUAAUACUGUCCUCUCUCAGAAGCACCUGAAUCUAGUGAGAGAAAAGCUGGCUAAACAGUGGAAACACUGUGCUCGUAAACUGGGCUUUUGUGAUCCAGAAAUUGAUGAAAUCGAUCAUGACUACGAACGGGACGGACUGAAAGAGAAAGUUUACCAAAUGCUGCUUAAGUGGGAAAUGAGGGAAGGCUCCAAAGGCGCCACGAUCGGAAAACUUGCCAAAGCCCUGUUUGGCUGCCGAAGACUGGAUCUCCUUACUAGUCUAAUGCAAAUGAAUGAAGAGCAGGCUGAGUGAGAACCAGUGGAAAAGGAAGGCAUUUUUCCUGUCUCGUUUCCAUAGGAAAUAACAUUUAUGAACAGACUUUCUGGAGCUUCACUGACUUGGAUGGCUCUUUCUUUUUGGAGCGUAUUUUUCUACCAAAUAGUUUUCAGUGAAGASCUCCAAAAACUCAAAGUAUUUAUGUCCAGAUAAGUAGGUCUUCCAAGCGGUAAAAGAAAACAGGCAUUUUCCUGCUGAUUAAAAUGAUUGCACUAAGAUGACAACCGCAGCACGAUUUUGRAGUGUUGUCGAGUCAAGGAGAAUGUCUGCUUUUUUUAUACAACAUUUUUAGACUUCUGUCUUCUGAGCAGGGGCUCAGUUCAGUUCUGAACAAAAGCCUCUUGUUUCAGCCAAGCUAACAUAGCCAUAAGAAAAUGCCAAAGGCUGCCUCACUUUUUGAAAGCCUUGGGCAGAAAGUAAAGUUAACUCUUGAUUUGGUCUAAGUGGCAAUACUGAAAAGCAUACUAGACCAAAUUGUUUUAGGCUGAU